CCGAGGAAUGAAACUUCCGGUGGUGUGUCAUGGCGGCAUGGCAGAAUAUGCUUGAAGUGAAAAAAUAACCAACCCCCACUGCCGUCCUUCGCUAGCUGGUAUUGGAUUUUUACGUUGAAUAUUAUCAAGAACAGACACAUUUUACUUGGGAUCAGCACGACCGAUUCGCCCUGCCAUGGCGGCACACAAGCCCGUGGAAUGGGUCCAGGCCAUUAUAAAUAAAUUUGAUGAGCAGCUUCCGAUCAAAACAGGACAACAGAGCACCCAUUCCAAAGUCAACACAGAGCACAACAAGGAAUGCCUUAUCAACAUCUCCAAGUACAAGUUCACCCUUGUCAUCAGUGGCCUAACUAACAUAUUAAAAAAUGUGAACAAUAUGCGGAUCUUUGGAGAAACGGCGGAGAAGAACCUUUACCUCUCUCAGCUCAUCAUCCUGGACACGCUGGAGAAGUGCCUGGCAGGGCAACCGAAGGACUGCCUGCGUCUGGAUGAGGCCAUGCUGGUGAAACAGCUGCUGCCAGAAAUCUGCCACUUCAUUCACACGUACCGCGAGGGCCACCUCUAUGCCGCCGACCUGCGGACCUCCGCCUCCGGAGUCCUCUUCUCCCUCAGCUGCAACAACUUCAACGCCGUCUUCAGCCGCAUCUCAACCAGAAUGCAGGAACUCACUGUAUGCUCAGAAGACACUGUGGAUGUCCAUGACAUCGAACUCAUUCAGUACAUAAAUGUGGACUGUACCAAGCUAAAAAGACUGCUACAAGAGACUGUAUUCAAAUUCAAGACUUUGAAGAAACCUGCCCAGCUUUCUGUUAUCAACAGUUUAGAGAAGGCCUUUUGGAACUGGGUGGAUUAUUACCCAGAUGAGUUUACCAUGCUGUACCAGCGCCCACAGACAGACAUGGCAGACUGUGCAGAGAAGCUUUUUGACCUGGUGGACAGUUUUGCGGAGAGUGCCAAGCGUAAGGCUGCUGUGUGGCCACUACAGAUUAUCCUGCUCAUCCUCUGUCCAGAGAUCAUACAGAGCAUCACCAAAGAGGCCAUUGAUGAUAGCAAGGCCAACAAGAAGUUGUUCCUGGAUAACUUGCGUAAGGCCUUGACUGGCCAUGGUACCAGUAAACAGCUGACCGAGAGUGCAGCCAUUGCCUGUGUGAAGCUCUGCAAGGCUUCCACCUACAUCAACUGGGAGGACAAUUCUGUCAUCUUCCUCCUGGUGCAGUCUAUAGUCAUGGACCUCAAGGCCUUACUCUUUAACCCAGCCAAGCCCUUCUCGCGGGGGACAGGCAGUCAGAGCGCAGAUGUGGACCUCAUGAUUGACUGCUUUGUCUCCUGCUUCCGCAUCAACCCCCACAACAACCAGCACUUCAAGGUCUGCCUCGCCUCCUCCUCUCCUCAGACCUUCCACUUUGUCCUGGUCAACUCUCUGCACAGAAUCAUCACCAAUUCUCACUUGGACUGGUGGCCUAAGAUAGACGCCGUGUACUUCUACUCGGGGGAGCUGCGCGCCAUGUUUGCAGAGACGCUGGCCCGAGUGAUGCAGGGGGCCAGUGCACACGCUCCCUUACGCAUGACCACGAGCCAAACAUUCAAAGAGAAGAUGACUACAAGCCUUAAGUUCAAAGACAAGUCCACAGACCUGGACUCCCGCUGUCUGCUGCUGGCCCUGGUCAAGCUUAUCCAUGCUGACCCCAAACUCAUGCUGCACAACCCUGGGAAGCAUGGCCAGGAGAUCCAGAGCAGCACAGCAGAGCUCAUCAUUGGGCUGGUGCAGCUGGUGCCCUACACCAACUCAGCUGAGAUCUCCCCAGAGGCCAUGGAGGCAUUGUUAGUGUUGCACCAGCCUGAAACCAUUGACUUGUGGAACCCUGACGCCCCCAUCGAGGCAUUCUGGGACAUCAGUUCCCAGAUUCUCUGCUUCAUCUGUAAGAAGCUCAUCGGUCACCAGAUGAUCAACAGCACAGAGAUCCUGAAAUGGCUACGGGAGAUUCUCAUCUGCAGGAACAAGUUUCUCCUGAAGAACAAGGAGAGUGCCACAGUAGGCAGCGGUAACUCGUCGUGUAAAGAGGCGCAGACCAAACUGGAGGUGUGCCUCUACACGUUCCUCUGGAGCCAGGACAUGGAGGCCGUGCUGGUGGCCAUGUCCUGUUUCCGCCACCUGUGUGAAGAGGCUGACAUCCGCUGCGGUGUGGACGAGGUGCCGGUGCAGACCAUCCUGCCCAACUACAACACCUUUAUGGAGUUCGCCUCGGUCAGCAACAUGAUGGCCACAGGCCGUUCUGCCCUGCAGAAAAGAGUAAUGGCACUGCUCCGCAGAAUAGAACAUCCUACCGCUGGCAAUACUGAGGCCUGGGAAGAUACGUAUGCAAAAUGGGAUCAAGCAACCAAGCAGAUUCUCAAUCAUCCAAAAAACAAGGUGGAAGAUGGACAGGAGUGGAUCAACAUGACUGGAUUCCUGUGUGCCUUGGGUGGGGUGUGCCUUCAGCGGCGCAACACGCCUGCCCCGGGCACCUACAGCCCCCCCAUGGGCCCGCUGAGUGAGCGCAAGGGCUCCAUGGUCUCCAUGGGCUCAUGCGAGGUGAGCAGCGAGACGUCGCUGGGCCGCUUCCUGGACCGGCUGCUGUCGCUGAUGGUGUGCAACCACGAGCGCGUGGGCCUACAGAUCCGCAACAACAUCAAGGACCUGGUGGGGCUGGAGCUGAGCCCGGCGCUCUACCCCAUGCUCUUCAACAAGCUCAAGAACAGCAUCGGCAGGUUCUUUGAGAUGCAAGGGCCGGUCCCCAUUAAUGACACCAACACUCAGUUUGUAGAGCAGACUAUCGCCAUCUUGAAGAACCUGCUGGAUAGCCAUACAGAGGGCAGCUCGGAGCACCUGGGCCUAGCCAGCAUAGAGACCAUGAUGCUCAAUUUGGUCAGGUACGUGCGUGUACUGGGGAACGUGGUCCAUGCCAUCCAGAUCAAGACUAAGCUGUGCCAGCUGGUGGAGGUGAUGAUGGAGCGGAGGGAUGACUUGUCCUUCUGCCAGGAGAUGAAGUUCAGAAACAAGAUGGUGGAGUACCUGACGGACUGGGUGAUGGGUACAUCAAAUCAAGCUGCAGAUGACGACAUCAAGUGUUUGACACGGGACCUGGACCAGGCCAGUAUGGAGGCAGUGGUGUCGCUGCUGGCAGGGUUACCGCUGCAACCAGAGGAGGGAGACGGAGUGGAGCUCAUGGAGGCCAAGUCCCAGCUCUUCCUCAAAUACUUCACUCUCUUCAUGAACCUGUUGAACGACUGCAGUGAGGUGGAGGACGAGGGCCAGCAGGUGGCGGGGAGGAAGCGUGGCAUGUCUCGCCGCCUGGCAUCGCUGCGUCACUGCACUGUCCUCGCAAUGUCCAAUCUGCUCAAUGCAAAUGUGGACAGUGGUCUUAUGCACUCGAUUGGGCUGGGCUACCAUAAGGACUUACAGACACGUGCCACCUUCAUGGAAGUCCUGACCAAGAUCCUGCAGCAGGGCACAGAGUUUGACACUCUGGCUGAAACUGUUCUGGCUGACCGCUUUGAACGGCUAGUGGAACUCGUCACCAUGAUGGGGGACCAAGGGGAGCUACCCAUUGCUAUGGCGCUGGCCAAUGUGGUGCCCUGCUCUCAGUGGGAUGAGUUGGCUCGGGUGCUGGUGACGUUAUUUGACUCGAGGCACCUGCUGUACCAGCUGCUGUGGAACAUGUUCUCUAAAGAAGUAGAGCUGGCCGACUCCAUGCAGACGCUCUUCAGGGGGAACAGCCUGGCGAGUAAAAUCAUGACCUUCUGUUUUAAGGUGUAUGGGGCAGCAUAUCUACAGAAACUUCUGGAACCUCUUCUCAGAGGGGUGAUCACCACACCAGAGUGGCAGCAGAUUAGCUUUGAAGUGGAUCCCACCAGACUAGAACCAAUGGAGAACCUAGAGGAGAACCAGAAGAACCUUCUACAGAUCACAGACCGCUUCUUCCUAGCCAUCAUCAACUCCUCCAGCGAGUUCCCUCCCCAGCUACGCAGUGUCUGCCACUGUCUCUAUCAGGCUACUUGCCACUCUCUACUGAAUAAAGCCAGAGUUAAAGAGAAAAAGGAAAACAAAAAAUCAGUGGUGAGCCAGCGUUUCCCUCAGAACAGCAUUGGUGCGGUGGGUAGUGCCAUGUUCCUGCGCUUCAUCAACCCUGCCAUCGUGUCCCCUUAUGAGGCUGGCAUCCUGGACAAGAAACCUCCACCCAGGAUAGAACGGGGGCUCAAACUUAUGUCUAAGAUACUACAAAGCAUCGCCAAUCAUGUCCUAUUCACUAAAGAAGAACACAUGAGGCCUUUUAAUGACUUUGUGAAGAGCAACUUUGAUGCAGCCAGACGGUUCUUCCUGGACAUUGCCUCAGACUCACCCCCUAGUGACUCAGUCAAUCACAGCCUGUCUUUCAUUAGUGAUGGGAAUGUCCUUGCCUUGCACCGCCUCCUAUGGAACAAUCAGGAGCGAAUUGGCCAAUACCUUUCAAGCAGCAGAGAUCACAAAGCAGUUGGUCGGAGGCCCUUUGACAAAAUGGCGACUCUCCUGGCUUACCUAGGCCCUCCAGAACAUAAGCCUGUGGCUGAUACUCACUGGUCCAGCCUUAACCUCACUAGCUCCAAGUUUGAGGAGUUUAUGACCAGGCACCAAGUUCAUGAAAAGGAGGAGUUCAAAGCCUUAAAGACCCUCAACAUUUUUUACCAAGCUGGGACCUCAAAGAGUGGGAACCCCGUGUUCUAUUACGUGGCACGGAGGUUCAAAACAGGCCAGAUCAACGGUGACCUCCUCAUCUACCACGUGCUGCUGACCCUCAAGCCCUACUACGCCAAGCCCUACGAGAUUGUUGUGGAUCUGACCCAUGUAGGCCCAAGCAACCGCUUCAAGACGGACUUCCUUUCCAAGUGGUUUGUGGUCUUCCCGAACUUCGCCUAUGAGAACGUGGCCGCCGUGUUUGUGUACAACUGCAACACGUGGGUGCGCGAGUACACCAAGUACCACGAGCGGCUGCUCACGGGCCUGAAGGGCAGCAAGAAGCUGCUGUUUAUCGACUCGCCCACGCGGCUGGCCGAGCACAUCGAGCCAGAUCAACAAAAGCUGCCCGCUGCCACACUCACCCUAGAGGAAGACCUGAAGGUGUUCCAUAACGCGCUCAAGCUGGCGCACAAGGACACCAAAGUGUCCAUCAAGGUGGGCUCCACGGCGGUACAGGUGACCUCGGCGGAGCGGACCCGCGUCCUGGGCCAGUCGGUGUUCCUCAACGACAUCUACUACGCCUCGGAGGUGGAGGAGAUCUGCCUGGUGGACGAGAGCCAGUUCACGCUGACCAUCGCCAACCAGGGCACGCCGCUCACCUUCAUGCACCAGGAGUGCGAGGCCAUCGUGCAGUGCAUCAUCCACAUCCGCACGCGCUGGGAGCUCUCGCAGCCCGACUCCAUCCCCCAGCACACCAAGAUCCGGCCCAAGGACGUGCCGGGGACGCUACUCAACAUCGCCCUGCUCAACCUGGGCAGCUCGGACCCUAGCCUCAGGUCAGCAGCCUACAACCUCCUCUGUGCCUUAACCUGCACGUUUAACCUGAAGAUCGAGGGCCAGCUGCUGGAGACGUCUGGCCUCUGCAUCCCGGCCAACAACACCCUCUUCAUCGUGUCCAUCAGCAAGACUCUGGCGGCCAAUGAGCCCCACCUCACCCUGGAGUUCCUGGAGGAAUGCAUCUCGGGCUUCAGCAAGUCCAGUAUUGAGCUGAAGCACCUGUGUCUGGAGUACAUGACCCCCUGGCUGCAGAAUCUGGUGCGCUUCUGCAAGCACAACGACGACGCCAAGCGCCAGCGGGUCACCGCCAUCCUGGACAAACUCAUCACCAUGACCAUCAACGAGAAGCAGAUGUACCCGUCCAUCCAGGCCAAGAUCUGGGGCAGUCUGGGACAGAUAACAGACCUGCUGGACGUGGUGCUGGACAGCUUCAUAAAGACCAGCGCCACCGGAGGCCUGGGCUCCAUCAAGGCCGAGGUGAUGGCCGACACUGCCGUGGCCCUGGCCUCUGGGAAUGUGAAGCUGGUGUCCAGCAAGGUGAUCGGCCGCAUGUGUAAGAUCAUUGACAAGACAUGCCUGUCGCCGACGCCCACGCUGGAGCAGCACCUGAUGUGGGACGACAUCGCCAUCCUGGCGCGCUACAUGCUCAUGCUGUCCUUCAACAACUCGCUGGACGUGGCGGCGCACCUGCCCUACCUGUUCCACGUGGUGACGCUGCUGGUAGCCACGGGCCCGCUGUCGCUCCGCGCCUCCACCCACGGCCUGGUCAUCAACAUCAUCCACUCGCUCUGCACGUGCGCCCAGCUCUGCUUCAGCGAGGAGACGAAGCAGGUUCUUCGCCUAAGUUUGACAGAAUUCUCCCUGCCCAAGUUUUACCUGCUAUUUGGCAUCAGCAAGGUGAAAUCGGCAGCUGUCAUCGCUUUCCGCUCCAGUUACCGUGACCGGUCGUUCUCCCCGGGGUCGUACGAGCGCGAGACGUUUGCCCUGUCCUCACUGGAGACGGUCACCGAGGCCCUGCUGGAGAUCAUGGAGGCCUGUAUGAGAGACAUCCCUGGCUGCAAGUGGCUGGAUCAGUGGACAGAACUGGCCCAAAAGUUUGCGUUUCAGUAUAACCCUUCUCUGCAGCCGCGGGCUCUGGUGGUUUUUGGCUGCAUCAGUAAGCGUGUGACUCACGGCCAGAUCAAGCAGAUCAUCCGCAUCCUCAGCAAGGCCAGCCCCCUGCUCAGUAUCGAUCGAGGUCUGGAGUGUUGUUUAAAGGGCUCAGAUAAUUACAACAGUCAGGUUCUCAUUGAGGCUACAGUCAUCGCUCUGACCAAACUGCAGCCCCUCCUGCCUAAGGACUCCCCCAUGCACAGGGCUCUGUUCUGGGUGGCGGUGGCUGUUCUGCAGCUGGACGAGGUGAACCUCUACUCGGCGGGCACUGCACUGCUGGAGCAGAACCUGCACACCCUCGACAGCCUCCGGGUGUUCAACGAUAAGAGUCCUGAGGAAGUCUUCAUGGAGAUUCGCAAGCCUCUGGAGUGGCAUUGCAAACAGAUGGAUCACUUUGUGGGCCUCAACUUCACCUCCAACUUCAACUUUGCUCUAGUGGGACACUUGCUGAAAGGCUACAGACACCCCUCGUCCAGCACGGUAGCCCGGACCGUGCGCAUCCUCCACACACUACUGGGGCUGGUGGCCAAACACAUGGGCUGUGACCGCUUUGAAGUGAACACCCAGAGUGUGGCCUAUCUAGCAGCUCUCCUCACCGUCUCAGAGGAAGUGCGCAGCCGAUGCAGUCUCAAGCACAGGAAGUCGCUGCUAAUCGCCGAUGUCACCAUGGAGAGCGUUUCCAUGGACACGUUCUCUGUGUACCAUAGCGACCCAGGCUGCAGGACACUGAGGGAGAACCAACCCUGGACGUCUCCCAAAGUGACUGAGCGCUACCUGGCGGCUUACUACCCCACUGUCGGCCAGAUCAGCCCUCGCACACGCAAGUCCAUGAGCCUGGACAUGGGGCAGCCCUCACAGGCCAACACCAAGAAGCUACUAGGCACCAGGAAGAGCUUUGAUCACUUGAUAUCGGACUCAAAAGCACCAAAGAGGCCAGACAUGGAGUCAGGCAUGACCACUCCUCCAAAGAUGAGGAGAGUGGCUGAGAACGACUAUGAGAUAGAGACUCAAAGAAUAGCCAACUCUCACCUCCGCAAGGUGUCUGUGUCCGAGUCAAACGUGCUUCUGGACGAGGAAGUGCUCCAAGACCCCAAAAUCCAGGCUCUCCUGGUCACUGUGCUGGCAACCUUGGUGAAGUACACCACGGAUGAAUUUCACCAGAGGAUUCUGUAUGAGUACCUGGCCGAGGCCAGUGUGGUCUUCCCAAAGGUCUUCCCAGUUGUCCACACGCUCCUGGACUCCAAGAUCAACAACCUGCUGUCCAUGUGCCAGGAUCCGAACCUGCUGAACCCAGUGCAUGGCAUCGUGCAGAGUGUGGUGUACCACGAGGAGUCGCCCCCGCAGUACCAGCCCCUAUACCUGCAGAGCUUCGGCUUCAACGGGCUCUGGAGGUUCGCUGGUCCCUUCUCAAAGCAAACCCAGAUCCCCGACUAUGCCGAGCUGGUGGUGAAGUUCCUGGACGCUCUGAUCGACACCUACCUGCCGGGAAUCGAGGAGGAGGCCAGUGAAGAGUCUCUGCGCACGCCCACGUCUCCUUACCCACCACCCCAACAGAGUCAGCUCAGCAUCACGGCCAACCUGAACCUCUCCAACUCCAUGACCUCGCUGGCCACCUCACAGCACUCACCAGCUUCUCUGCCGAGCUCUAAGUCGGCAGUUUUCCCACAACACCUCGUCCUACCAGGUAUCGAUAAGGAGAACGUGGAGCUGUCGCCUACCACAGGCCACGCUAACAGUGGCCGCACACGGCACGGCUCGGCAAGCCAAGUGCAGAAGCAGCGCAGUGCGGGCAGCUUCAAGAGGCCCAGCAUAAAGAAGAUCGUCUGAUGGUCAGAGAGCAGCCCUGGAGAUGGGCAGAGAGGGGAGGAGCGGGCAGCCCCGCAGCCCACCCCACUCUUCCACUCAUCCCCAAGUGCUUCCUUUUUCUCUCUCUCUGCUCCAGUUUUUUAAGCAUCUCUCCGUUUUAAACUCUUGUCCUUUUUUUACCAAGCUCUGUUUCAAAAUUUUGACUCUCAGCCAUUCGUUCUUGGAUGUUGUUGAUGCAUUCACACAACAGUGGCCAGCUGAAUAUGGAGAGUUGCUCACAGGAGAUGAAACUCUGCUAAAGUGUAGAGGCCUGUUUGAACCAACAGCUCUGUGAAACAAAGCAAAGCAAAGCCACAGGGGCUUGUGGGGCACCUCAAUCAGGGCAGAGCUGGCGGGCCUCAAAUUGCACAUUUGUGUCCUGGUUCAACAGAUUGUGGCCUUUUGUGUUUUUCCCAUGGAGAACAGUCAACCCUUAGUUUUGGAAACAAAGGAACUCCGCUCAAGUUCCCCUCAUGUUGUGAAUAUUCUGAAUUUACCUUACGGUCGCAGAAAGUGAGCAGAUCUCUCACAGGCUGCCUUAUUCAGGCAACCACUCAAAUCAUUGUAUACAAAAAGAGAAAUGUGACAUUCAGUUGGACCACAGAGGUUACAGCUGACCGAAUGACCAUUUCAUCAAGGAAUCCCCUUUUCCCUCUGAUUCUCCAUGAGCUUUGGAGAAAGAAGACCUCAUAUCUCCCUACAGAAAGGGCAGUGGUGAACCAAACAUGGCUUUCCAUCACUUUCUACCUGUUGUUUGUCAUGGUACAUUUUGAUGAGAGAUGAAAUCCAAGAAUGUCCUGUGUAGGAAAACUCUGAUAUCCACAGUCUUGAAACCUGGCGAGGAUUGGGGACAGCAUACUAAUCUUACCCAGAUGUACAUAUGAAAGUCAUACAAAGUUAUAUAUGUAAAUAAAUACAGAGGACAAAAUCGCAAGACUCUUCACAUAUACUGGGGUUGUUGUUUUAUUCAUGGUGUGCCUUCAUCAGGGUUUUUGUAGUUUGAAAACAGGAAAAAAUGAAGUAAAAUUUUGCUGACGAAGGGAAGUACAGGUACUAAUUACUAGAGACUCGUUCUUUUUCUUUUUCAUUUUUCUUGUCCAUAUAACUCGAGUGCUGCAUUGUAAAACAGUACAGUAUUCUAUGAUCGACAGAAAUAUUACAAGCAUCAUUACUCUGCCUGAAAAAGUAUUUAACCUGUAAAGGGACUCCUCAAGUAAGGAUGGAGUCAUGCUAUUUUGUUUCUUUUCCUUUUAUGCAUUGUUCAUCCACUGACACCCAUAGCAAGACACUAACAAACUAUAUAGAUCAAUGCAAAAAAAUGUAAAUAGUGCGAAAGGCUUUACUUUAUGGGUGAGGAAUGAGUUGAUUUGUUUACAGUCUGGUGAUAUGACCAGGAAAUCAGUGUAAUAUGCAAAAAACACCAAAAUAAGUAAGGCAUGAGAACGUUGAGUUUUUCUCUCCACCUAAUUACAGGAACAAUCAAGCCAAUUAGUUGUUCGAAGUUAACAGCAUCACAAAGUGAAGGAUAUCCCUUCUGUGCCCCAGUGAUAAGAAAAUUAUAAGUUGUAUUCAAUGUCUAGCAACAACGUGAGAAACAACGUUCCUUCAUUGUUUGUAACUCUAGUUCUGUGACUGCACAUUGAUAUUGUUUGUUCUCCCUCACUUCAGUCAAUCCACAGGUAGGAAACAUUUUAUCCCAGUUAAGGACUUUAUGUGAGGUUUUGACUGAGAACUUUGACUGAAAGCAAAUCCUGAAUGCAUGGCAGCAAACAUAGUGACACUGCACCAAAGACUAUCUUGCACUAUGGCAAAUUAUCAUUUUAGUUUGAGCUUACAUUACUGGUCUCAGUGGAUAAACUAGGAAAGACUUGUAACAAGUAACCACUGCUUCCCUACAGAACGUAAGUGGAUAGGUGUGAAAUUAUCUCUGCCAUUUUUUUUAUUAUUAUUAUUUUUUUAUUUUCUUGAGCUUUGAAUGUUUGCCUGUUUGUUGACACCAUUACUAACAUCCAGUGAUGCUGCAUACGUGCUUAAAAUCAUGGAAUUUUGCCAUGUAGUUUCUAUGAAAAAGGGAGACUGCUAGGCAAUCAAGUAGAGAAGUUAGUAUGAUCCAGAUUAUUAGAGGAUCUUGACAUGGCCAGCUUAAUAUGUUUUAAAUUAUGUAGACAUGGUCUUCAUCAUAUCAAAGGGAAACUAAAACUAUGGAAUACAAGCAUCAGGACAAACUUGGCCUAACCUCUAUAAAGAUGAAACCAAAGUUAAUAAAAUACCUAAAAAGUACUAAAGAACUCAUAAGCUAUCUCUGACCACUAUCAUUUGAAACAUGUUCCCUUUAAACAUUUGAUUUAUUGAUUGCAUUGAGAAUCGAGGGUCUCCUCAUAGUUCUGUCUGGGGAAAAAUAGGGACCAAACACAAGAACAUUUUUCCAAGUGUUAUACUACAAAUUUUAUUACCUCUAUAUACAAUUUGUUUUGAAGUAGCCUAUGUGGUAUGUGAAAGGGGUGUCAUUAUGAUGUCCAUUUUCAAACCAUUUGCUGCAAGAGAACCACAUGAAGGCCAUGUGCAUCUGUCCUGGUAAUGUUUUAACAAUACGCUUUGAUUUAUGGUACAGUAACUUAAACCAUGGUUUAGACUGCACUUAAUUGUCUCUUAACCCAACUAGUGGCAUCUUAAAUAUUGCUUGAAACGACUGAGGAACUCAAGAUCCUAAUUUUGACUCCUGAGAUAGAGCAUCUGUCUUAGUAAUAAACAUAAUUGAAUCCAAAGUGCUGUUUUCCGAUGUUCCCCAUGGCUCCUCCAGGCUCAUCAGAGUACAUAUGGAUACAGUAUGUUGUUUACUUGAUAUCCAUCUGAUCGGGAUUAUUUGAAAAUCUAUCAAAGAGCCCUCAUUUUUUGAAAACGGCACAUAAAACAAGUGUAGCUUGUUAUUAAAUCCAUGGGCUGUCUUUGAAGGACAAAAAAGCAUUACCAGUUGUUUCCCCAAUACUGGUCUGUAUGUGCAGAAGCCUGAAGUUAAAUUGUGCCAAAAUUUAUGUCUAAGUAGGAGUUAAAUGCAUGUGAUUUUUUUUGUUUGUUUUAUUUUAUUGCUUGUUUAUUCUUUGUUUCUAUUCUUUAUUUUCUUUGUUUGUUUUUAUAAGUAUGCCCUUGUAAUCAAUGUUUAAAUUGCACCAAAUACUUUGUAAGGUGAGAAAGAUGGCCUAUAUGGUACUGUUACCAAGAGUGCUUUUAUAAGACAAAAAAGGUACAGAUUGAAUGUGAAAAUAGAAGAACCCGACACUUUUUAAAUAUACAUAGCUUAGGGUUCAGAGCACCACUCUCCAUUUUUUUUUUUUUUUCAGUCAAAUACAUGGCAUGUUUAAUUUGAUUAUGCAAGGCUAAACCUUUGUCUAGCACAUUGGCCACAGUUGCAGAGGAAAAACAAGUCUGUACUUUUUGCCUUUGUAAAUAUUUUGUGUAAAAAUGGAAAAAGGUAUAUUUACUACUGUAAAUACAUGUCUUAUUGUAUUAUUUCCUUUUUGUAAAGCCGUUAGUUGCUGUAGAUGUAACAUGCAAAUUUAAUUAUUCCAGUGUUCGUAAUAAAAGUUUCCCUUCUACAA